AUAUAUAUAUAUAUAUAUGCCACUUUUUAUUUCUCAUUAAUUUUUUCUCUGAUCAAUGAACGUUCCUGUACAAGCCACUGAUUCUGAUUGCAUAUAUAUUUGAGGAGUCAUGGAUUUUAAAGAUAGGUUAUGUAUGGAAACUUGGGCAAAAUCUUCAUCUUCUGCGUCCACUGAGAAACCAACUUUGAACAAUUUUAGUUCUCAGCAAGAAUGGGAAGAUGCGUCGAUGUACGGCAUUAGUAAUGAUCCGCCUUUUCAAGAAUUUAACCCGCCGGCUGAUACCCAGUCUUUGCUUUCUUCCAAUCCCAAUGAUCAACUCAAAAUCAUGGACAGCGAACAGCAAGGGGGACUUGAAAACAACAAAGUCCUGAAUUGGGAUCCGAGGGCCAUGCUCCACAAUCUGUCUUUUCUCGAGCAGAAAAUCCAUCAGUUACAAGAUUUGGUGCAUUUGAUUGUUGGCGGGAGGGGUCAGGAUCUGGGGCGGCCUGACCAGCUCGCAGUUCAGCAACAGCAGCUCAUUACUGCUGAUCUCACUUCGAUUAUUGUUCAGUUGAUCUCCACUGCAGGUAGUCUUCUUCCAUCUGUUAAGCAUACACUUACGGCAGUGAAUCCCCCGGUCGGACAGCUCGGACAAUUUGGAGGAAUUCUCUUUUCCUCAGCAACAGGAAUGAAUGGUGGUGUACAGCCGCAACACAGUAGUGGAAGUAAACUUUCCUGUCAGUCCAAUCAAAUGGAUGUUCCUGUGAAUUGUGGAAUGGAGCAGAACUACUCGGUUGAAGAACAUGAAUUGAAAGACGAGGAAGAUGUCGAGGAAGGAGAGAAUCUUCCACCUGGUUCUUACGAGAUCUUACAACUAGAGAAAGAAGAAAUCCUAGCUCCACACACUCACUUCUGCGCGAUUUGUGGAAAAGGGUUUAAAAGAGAUGCGAAUCUACGGAUGCAUAUGAGAGGUCAUGGUGACGAGUACAAAACUGCGGCUGCACUUGCCAAACCCAACAAGGAAUCCACCUCUGAACCGGUGCUUAAAAGGUAUUCCUGCCCAUUUUCGGGUUGCAAGCGAAAUAAGGAUCACAAGAAGUUCCAGGCUCUGAAGACUAUUUUAUGCGUCAAGAAUCACUACAAGAGAACUCAUUGCGACAAGAGCUACACUUGCAGCAGAUGCAACACCAAGAAAUUUUCAGUUAUUGCAGACCUCAAAACUCAUGAGAAACACUGCGGCAAGGAUAAAUGGCUAUGUUCGUGCGGAACGACAUUUUCGAGAAAAGACAAGCUCUUCGGACAUAUAGCUCUCUUUCAGGGUCAUACUCCCGCUAUUCCUCCCGAUGAAACAAAAGGUCUGUCAGGGCCAUCCGAUAAAAUGGUUGGAAACAUAAACUUUAGCUUCGGCUCUGAUGCGGCGAGCGGAAGUGGAGGUCAAGAUAUUAUGGAUGUGAAGGCUGGUGGUGAUGAUCCUGCUGGUUAUUUUUCGCCAUUGAACUUCGAGACAUGUAAUUUUGGUGGGUUUCAUGAGUUCCCUCGACCUCCAUUUGAUGAUACGGAAAGUUCACUCUCAUUUCUGAUAUCUGGUUCCUGUAAUUACAGCCAGAAAAAUGGAGGAGAGUCUGGCAGUAAUAAUCUUCACUGAUAUAUCCAGGUAUUUAAGCAUUUGUUUAAAAUGAACCAUCCUCUAGGUCGCUUGGUUGAUAACACAUUUGUAGGUGAAGGUUGUCUUGUGUAAUCUUAUUAGUUUCAAUAAAUGCUCUUAAUUAUUAA